AUGCUGCAGAGAAGUGAUCGUGGGGUCACGCUCUUAUGAAUGGUUUGGACACAGUGCGGAUAUGAGUGUUGAAAAAAAGCAGUACUGGUCGGCCUACAGUCACUCCCAUGACAUCUUGUGAUGAUGACGCUGCGGAAGCAGGUCCAUCAAAAGAAGUAUUGAGCAUCAGAAGGCGGACUCCUGUAGCACACCAAACAAUAAUACAUGUGGCAACAAAGAAAGCAAGGUCUGAUGUCCAAUCACAACCACAGCAGUCUAGCCCGCCACGAAGACUGUCUACAGUUUCUUCGGUCCCACCACUCCAAAUUUUGGUCACACCUCCAAGACGCCAACCACACUCCCCUCAUCUUGAUUAUUCUAGCACUGGUACCAGCAUCCCAACGCAACAGCAGCAACACAGUGACAUGGAUGAGACAAUCAUGUUACAAAUGCAGCCAUUAAUCAAAGGAAUCAGCCACCCAGCACCUGUGAGUACACCACCACAGCAAAGCACUCCACCACCACAAUACAGCCCGACAACACCAGUAGCACAAGGCCCUGAUCAAGUGUUUUGGGACAGUUGGGCUACACAGCAGGCCACCAAUCAAGAUUGCCUGCGUAGGCAGACCCAAAUUUUUGCUAACCUACCAUCUCACCUCAGAAGAAUCAGCAGAAAUAUCAGUCGCCAAAAAGAACCAACCACCAGAAUUGCCAAUACCAUAGAAAUCAUGCGUGCAGACAUUACACCUGUCAUUGGCAACUUACAAUGCAUAAUGGAAGAACAGCACAGACAACAGCAAAGCUACAUCAACAUCUAAGAAAACAAUCAAAUGAUCAAUGAAUCUAUCACCAGAAUUUUAGAGAAUCAAAAUGCUGCAACACGUGAACUUAAUGCCACCCUCACUAACCUCAAUGAAACACUCAGAUCCCAGCACCAACAGCAACCAAGCAGCAUUUCUGGUACGACUACUCCUAUUCUAUCACCAGUGUCCUCACCGCCAAGGCGCUCCACCAGAGCACGCCAACACGACAGUGGUAAAGGCAAAGGCCAGUCCAAGCAGCCAACCCACAAAAAAUAAAAAAUAGAGACACCGAUUUCUGUAUAGAGAAGAAAAUAAUCACAGUUAGUAAGUGUAGGUUUGUCUCAAUAUAUAUAACACUUAGCACCUUGUCAAUUUGUUGAACAUCAUUAAUUAUAAGUGUUACAAACAACAACAGGAUUUUUGCCAACAUAUUUAUUGUUUAACAUCUUUGUAUUUUUUUGGAGGAGGAAAAAGUAAUUUGAUCUGCACAUUGAUCGUAGCAUGCAGUAACAAGACCACUUGAUUUUUUUCUAAUCAUUACUCUUUCUAGAUUCCAAUCAUUCUCAUAUCUUGCAGGCAGACUAAUUGGCAGCCAUACAUAAUGUCUUUAGCAUGCAGUAACAAGACCACUUUAUUUUUUUCUAAUCAUUACUCUUUCUAGAUUCCAAUCAUUCUCAUAUCCUGCAGGCAGACUAAUUGGCAGCCAUGCAGAUUCAUCCAUGACCAAUACAAUUUACAAUGUGAUUUUUAACUCUUUUACAUUUCUUCUCUAGACGACAUUACAAGAAUAACACAAUUGAGUAGCCUAAAAAGGUACUAAUAUGUUGUGAAACAAUUUAGAUAAUUCAGUCCCAAAAUGAAUGACAUUUUUGUUGUGCCAUGUUUGUGUGUGUUAAAAAUGAGUAAUC